GACCACACUGGGUGUCAUCUGAAAUUCUGCCUGCAGACAGAAAGGGUUUUGUAACUCAUUGGUAGUUAGUUCCGAGUAAACCGAAAGUUUAACAAAACGGUGGAAAGCCAUGGAGAUGCAAGAGGUUCCUGAAGCGCCUGAGGCAGAGGAUAAAGCAAAAGGAGCUGGUGAAGCAAAAAAGGAGGAGAAAGCUGAAGCUUUAGAGGAAGCAGAUCGUGGACAUUACUCCAGCCUGCUGGUUCCAACUGAAGAGGUCUACGCUGAAGCUAUUCAUACUUCAAAGCCGCGUCAAGAGCUGUCAGGAAAUACACGCCUGUACCGUGUCAUCUGCGUAUGCCUGUCAGUCAUCUGCCUCAUCCUUUUGAUGACCGUCGUCGUACUCGGCUUGAAACUUCAGGCUAGAUCUGCAGCCUGCUCUUCUUCGUACAAGGUGUGCAACGAGAUGCUGUGCAUGGAGUACAUCAAAAACACUCGCGCUGCCUGUGAGCAGUGUCCCAGAGGAUGGACCCCGCUGGACAAGCACUGUUACUACCUGUCCACGCUCAGGCUGACGUGGGAUGAAAGUCUGAAAAACUGCACCAAAAGUGGAGGAACUCUGGCUGUGAUUACCAACCAGAAAGUGCAGAAUUAUCUGACGGACAGAGGCUACUUGGACUACUGGAUUGGACUGAAACAGCAACCGUCUGGAUGGGAAUGGGUCGACAAAAACAUGCUUGGAAAGAGUUACUGGACAACCAGACCAGGAGACGGAGACUGUGCUUUGCUCAAGAGUAGAGAUCCAGCAAAUAAGAACUGGAUUAAAUCCCCCUGCCGUGGCGCCAGUUACUAUAUCUGUCAGAUAGAGUACUAAUGCAUUUCAUAACAGAAAGUAUUGUCUUCAGCAAGAAGGGACAAAAAUCGCUUUUAGAUGAAAAAUUGUGUAUAUUUAACAAUCAAAGAAUGCUCAGUUUUUACAGUUUUUAAGCCCAUGAACUCCUUAAUACUUUAUUCUCAUAUCGUGGGCAUGCUAAGCAAAGAUUAAGACACGGCACUCCUUCAAAUGCAUGAUUCUGUUUCUAGAUUCUGUUUCUUUUAGAACAGUUUUACUCUCAGCUAUCAGAUACGUUAAAUCUACAUUCUAUUUCAGCAUAUAUUACUACUAUAUAAUUAGAUAUGGCUACAAAAAUACACUCUUUUAUGGCAUAAUACUGCAGUAAUAAUUGCACUGUUGACUACAUAAAAACAAAAGAAUUCCUCCUUUUUAACUUCACAAAAGUAUCCACACUUCACACCUUUGUCACAGCUUCGUGGAAGCACUCAGACAAAUCGAGAUUUCUCUAUACAAAUUUGAUGUUCUGGUCCUCCUCGGGAAGCUCCUGCUCCAUCUCCAGACCCAAAGCGCUCUGACGGAUCACCUCCCACCCGGCCUGAGCCUUCCUGCUUAUACUGUUUUUCCCGUUAGAUCUGAGAGUCACAUCUGACUUCUCCAGCCCUUCCUUUCCAGCCGGCUUCUCGUCCUCUUUGGAGAAGGCCUUGACGUAGCGCCGCAUUUUUUGCAUCAUUGCAUCAUUUCUGUCUUCAACCCUGCAGAGAAGAACAAAUAUGUUUGUGUUUAUUUUUUGACUCUUCAGGGGUAAAAAAAUGAAGUAAAGACAGAGACUGCUAAAUAUCCAAGUGGCGUUUCUUUUUCUAACUCUAUUAAAACGAUUCGAUUUUCAUUUGUGUCUUCAUGAAAACGCAACAAAAAUCUAAUGUGACAAAAGAAUGUCUAUAAAUAGAAGAAAGAUGGGUGUCACACUUUAAAGUGUCAGCUGUGUCAAUAGCGCUCGAUGUUGUUGCACAGCCCAACACCAAAUGCUGAGUCAUGCUGCGGUGGACUUGUUGCAAAAUGAUAAACAGAACUAAGAACGCAUUUACUGACUUAUUUCUUUUUCAUUUCUGAGAAAAGAAAAACACUUCCUCCAUGCUCACAAAAAUCAUUUGAAGAUUCGGGGAAAUGUUGACGGUUGAUCUUGCAGUUUCGCUUACUGACCAUUAUUCGAUCCUGGCCUUCCCACUCUAACCCUCACUGAUAACAUCACGCCACUCCCACCACUCCUGAAUCAAGUUGAAGCAACACAUUUAUAAUGAAAACUUUUAGUUUUUCAUUUAGAUCAGCAUGUUUACCUCCAUUUUUUUUUUAAUAAGAAACUGUCAGAAAGUGUCUAACUCUGAACAUGCAAUAAAAACACAAUCCACUCACUAUAACAUUAGUAAAGCACUUAUUUUCAUCAAAUGUAAAUAAAAAAUGUCCACUCUCCAAUUACAACAUUGUAUCUGCUUUGUAAACUAUAGUCACAAACAUGCUUAAAUAAAGAAUAUUGGAAUAUUCCA